UCAUCCAAUAAAACGACACCUUAAUAUCACGUGACCAGAAGACAGGUAUAGGCGUUUGAACAUGAGGAUUCGCCUAUAAACAAUGCUUCUAAAGUGGAAAUAUAUACUGCCCUUAGUGGCACUAUGUGUUCAUGUAACAGUGUCGGAACGAUCACGUGACGUCUAUGAGUAUGAUGAAUGCCGUGCUGAGUACCAGGAACCACUUGGCGUUGCCUCGGGAAAGAUUUCUGAUGGCGCCAUGUGGUCGUCUACCAACAACAACAAAAGACCUGCAAGCCGAGAGCGGCUGAAUGACCCGACAGGGGCGUGGACUGCAGGUACCCAGAAUGCAUUUCAGUACCUGGGGGUUGACCUUGGCGCCCGAUACUUUGUCACAGCAGUGGCUACUCAAGGUCGUCAGGGAAGUGAUGAAUUCAUCACAGAAUACUUUUUAGAAUAUUCUGAUGAUAGAAACACAUGGAGGAGAUAUACCAAUGAAUAUGGCAUUCCAGAGAUGUUUGUCGGUAACGACAAUGGCUGGCAGAUAGUCCAGAACACCCUCCACUACCCCAUCGUCGCCCAAUACGUCCGCUUCAACCCGAAGCGCUGGAGUAUGUUCAUCUCCAUGAGGAUUGAGGUCUACGGCUGCAUCUUCACUCCAUAUGUCGCUUCCUUCACCGAAACCAGCUACAUGCAAUUUGACCUAAGUCGCAAACCUGUGCCGUCUGAGACAGACACCCUGGAGCUCCGCUUCAAGACGAACAAGCCAGACGGAGUGGUGUUCUAUGCCAGUGGGAACCAGGGAGAUUAUAUUGUCAUAGAGAUGAGGAGGGGAUACAUGUACUUCAGGAUAGAUCUUGGGUCCACUCAGACAAGCCGUGGUCGUACUGAGGUGAUCGGAGGCAGUCUUCUUGAUGACCACCAGUGGCACGAUGUCGUCAUCACUCGAGAGAAGAAGAAGCUGAAGGUCGUAGUGGACAGACUCGUCAACGAGGUGGAAACCAACGGACUCUUCUACAGGCUAGACUUGGAUAAAUAUUUGUUCAUUGGAGGGGUCCCUUACUUCAACCAGGAAGGGAUUGAGGUUAAAUAUAAUUUUGUGGGCUGUGUGGAAAAUGUCAAUUUCAACGGUGCCAAGCUCUUGGAGGAUGCUCGGGAUGGAUCAUCUGCUGAACUGAAGGGGGGAGUGGUUGCUUUCAGAUGUGGGAUUUCUUCAUCAAUACCUGUCACGUUCCCGACAACCAGAUCGUACCUCAAGUUGUCAGGCCGAGAUGCUGGCGGGCCAAUCCGAGUUAGCUUUGACUUCCGUACCCACGAUGAGAAUGGCAUGCUGAUGUACCACGAGCUGCAAGAAGCAGGAAGCGGAGUCACUGUAUCGCUGGACAAUGACGGCUACGUGGCGUACAGGGUGGUGUCACGGUCUGGACAGAUCAUCGAGGAUGUUGUUAGAAACACGGACAUUUUGAGUGCUACGAGAGGUUUCACCGAUGGCCUGUGGCACACGUUUUCCAUCUACAUUGACACCACCAAGGUCAACUGCACCGUCGACCGCAACGUCAAGGUCUCCAACAGGGCACUGGAUAUUGGAGCAUCUACUACUUACUUCAUAGGUGGCCAGGACAUUUCCAAUGGUUUCCGUGGAUGUCUUCCGAAUCUGGAGGUUGCUGCCAGAGUUGUCAACCUGGCCACGUUAGAACAGGAGAGCAUCUUUGAUGCUGAAGUAGGAACAUGCUCUAUUCGAGAUAGGUGUACCCCAAAUCCUUGCGAACACAGUGGCAACUGCUCCCAGAACUGGGACAACUUCUACUGCAGGUGCGACAACACUGGUUACAAGGGGGAGAUGUGUCAUAUUUCUGCUCACCAUAUCUCCUGCACCAUGCACAAGAUGUACUCCGAGACCAUUGAAGGGGUCGAAGAAGCCAUCAUUGACCCUGAUGGCUCCGGACCACUCAGGCCUUUCAAAGUCAUGUGUGAAAUGAAUGAUGCUGGAAGACCAGUGACUUCCAUCAGCCACGACUCUGAGAGCUGGAUCACGGUCAAUGGCUACCAGGAACCAGGGUCCUACAUCCGUUUCCUCAACUAUGUCACGGGCCUUCCCGAGCUGACCAACGUCAUCGAGAGAUCGUCCAGCUGCAGGCAGUACAUUGAAUACAGCUGCUUCAAUUCCAGACUGCUGGCUAAACCAGCUGAUACAUUAGAGAGAUCCUUUGCGUGGUGGGUCGGCCGCACCUACCAACCCAUGUACUACUGGGGCGGCGCUGCUCCUGGCUCCUUCAAGUGUUCAUGUGGUCUAGACGAGAAGGGCUGCAUCGGCACCAGCGAAACCUGUAACUGUGAUGCUCAACAGCUGGUGCAGACCUCGGACAAGGGGUACCUGGUGCACAAGGAUUACCUCCCAGUCCUGGAGCUCCACAUGGGGGAUACUGGCACUGUGACGGACACAAAGUCUGGGGCACAUAGAGUCGGGAAGCUGGAAUGUGAAGGCGAUGAUCUGUUCGAUAACGUCAUCACCUUCAGGAAGACUGAUGGUACUUUAGAAUUUGCAACAUUUGAAGCUGAGAAUGCAGGUGACAUCUGGUACCAGUUCCGCACAACAUCUACAGACGGUGUCAUGGUCCACAACACUGGGCCCAGAGACUUCAUUCAAGUGCGACUCUCUUUCCAGGGAGACACUAUACAGUUCCGCUAUGAUGUGGGUAACGGCGUGCAGGUCCUGACCUACCAGUCUCCUGGACCCUUGAAUGACGACACAUGGCACACGGUCCAUGUGGAACACAACAGGAAGCAGGCAUGGAUGAGGAUUGACGACUUCACUGAGGUCUUCAGAAAUGAAGAUUCCGACCUGAUACGGAUGUUGGACCUCACAAGCCGACUUGUUAUUGGCGUUAAAGUGGACUUCAGUGACGGCUUUGUUGGAUGUAUGAGAGGCCUAAGAGUGAACGGUCAGCUCCUGGACAUGAAGGGCAAGGUCGAGAGAGGAGAUGUAACCUAUGGAGUAGCUGUUGGCUGUGUGGGCAAGUGUUCCAGCAACCCCUGUUUCAACGGAGGCACAUGUCGGGAGGGGUACUCCGGCUACACCUGUGACUGCUCCUACACCCCCUUCAGAGGCUGGAUGUGCGGCAGAGAGGUCGGGGUCAACAUGCAGACUAACUUCAUGGUCCGGUAUACCUUCGAUGAGGACCAGGGUCUCUCGGCCUCGGACUUCCAGUAUGCUCGCAUUGGCUUCUCUACCAAGAACAAGCAAGGAAUUCUGAUGCAGAUGAGGAACCAACCCAACACUGAGUAUAUCUCUGUGGAAAUGAAUAACAAUGGUGGAGUGAAGGUGGCCCUGGACGUGGGUUUCCAGAGGGAAGAGGUGAACACCCCUAAUGUUGGAAUAGACUACACCAAUGGACAACAGCAUGAGGUGGUGGUCAGACGAAGCAACAAGGGCAGAACUAUAUUUGUCCAGGUUGACGACUACCCUCCAGUUGAGACAACAUUUGAUGUCUCCGACACCAGUGACACCAUCCUGGACAACCCCAAAUAUCUUUUCAUCGGCAGCAAUGAUACUGCCAAUUCUGCUAAGGGCUUUGAAGGGUGUAUCUACCGUAUGCAAGUGGACAACAUCUUCCCCUUGAAGAGAGCAUUCCAGGACCCGCGGCCUGCCUUCAUCAGCCUCAUCCCUGAAGGCAAGGUGAGAGAAGAUAUGUGUGGAAUUGAAGAAUACACACAGGCUCCUGAUCCCAUCGAGACUCGUCCUCGUGGCGGUGAUGUCAUCAACGUCACAUAUCCAUACUUUGCCGAUGAGGGUCUAACAACAAACGAAAGAAUCAUCCUUGGAGUUGUGCUGGCUCUCAUCUUCAUCCUCAUCAUCAUCUUUAUCUUCGUCCUGGCCAAGCUGCGAUGUUCUGGCGGCGACUACGACACCAAGGAGGCCAAGGGAGCCGAGUACGCCGACAACCCAGACACUGCUGUUGUUUAUAACCAAACUGGACUUCCGGAUAUAGCCAAGAAACAGGAAUGGUUUAUCUAGGGAGCUCCGAUUACAUUACGUGUGAAUGAUAUGAACAUUAAUAUUGAUCAGAGCUUUUAAAUCUAAGACUUCCAUAUCUUUCUUGAUAUGACCUGUGUGAAGAUUUAAUUGAAUAUGAUUUAAGAGAGAGAUCUGUAUAUGUGUAGUUCAUGCUGCAACUUUAAAUAAUUUGUAAUUUAUUAUAAUUGUAAUUUGUAGAGAUAAGUCAGCCAGCAUUAGUUGUCAUAACGCUAUUUAACCCCAAACUUUACAAUAACUCACCGCAAGACAUUAUCCAACUGUCUGGAUAUAGGAUAGGUUUGGGGAAUACAGUUGUUUUAGCAUCAGGGUGACCCAUUUGGCAGCUUUAUGAGGCACUUCUCUUCCAUACCUUCGUGUUGGAAUUCAAUUAAGCAUUUCUUUUUUCUUUUUUUAUUAAAAAGAAAGAUCUAAAUAGUUGUUUCUAUUUAAAGUAAGUAACUGGGUUGAUUUAUGUUGAAAACAACAACAAUUGCCAUGAAUCAGUUCAGCACAGUGCCUGCAAAGUCAUUUAAUGUAUACCUGUACUUAAGUGACUUCACCCAAGCACAAGGAGUUCCCUAUCCACAAUUUCAACAAGCCACCUUGAAGGCUUUGUAAAGGGUUAAGUCUGGCAAAGUCAUUUGUCUUAGUAAAGUGUUAAGUAUGGUAAAUUCAUUUCUCUAAGUAAAGAGUAAAGUACCAGUAUGCUAAGUCUGUCAGUUCAUCUAGAUGUGAUGCUUACUAAGUCUGUCUACCUCUCUUAGUAAAGUACUCGGAAUUCAUCUGUCAUAUUAUAGUCAGAAAUACAGAAUUCAUCCGUCUCUUGUUCAUAAAAUUAUCCCCUAGUUUCUACCUUUCAGUCAUUCGGCGAAUAACCAAUCUACUAUGAAAAAUGGGUUGCAGUUGAAUAUGAGGUAUAUUUUGUUAACUUAUAAGUCUGGAAUUAGAGCAUAUGGCAGGCGUUUGUGGCACUGUUGACCAAAUGCAAUCCUUGUACUCUCAAAGUCAGGAACUUAAAUCCAGACUUCAUACAUACUCCUGUUUUUGUACAAUGCUAUAUAUUAAACAUACCUUUAAUUAAAACAAUAGAAUUAAAAAUAGUGUACUUUGAUUAGAUUAAAUUGAGGCAUAUUGAAGUUGAAUUAAUUUUGAUAACAGCAGUUUUAGCUGAGAGAGAGUGACAGGUGUCAUUUAUGAAUUCCAUAAACUCAAAAGAUUUUUAAUUUUUACAUAAUGAACACAUUGAUCAUUUCAAAUUCAUGUUCAGAUUUAAUUUUUUAAUUUUUUUUAUUUCUGUACAUAGUGUACAUAUUUUUACAUAAUGCCAUUUACAUAAUCAUUUUUCAGGUGAAGUUGUAAUAUAAGUAUCAUUCCAUAUUUUUCUACAUUUGUUAACUGUUAAUGAAGCAAUAAUGGCAAAGGUAGAGUAGUCUUAUUGUGAAGUGCCAGUAAGCUUGAAUUGAAUAAAAAGUUAAGAUUGGUGCUUCACAGUCAACAUUGUUUUUGCACAGUUAUCAUAUCAAACAUGUCACGUAAUUUUUUACUGGGUUUGUAAUAAGAAUUUUCCAUUAUUUCACUGCAUGCUAACAGUCUUACAGACUAAAAAUAUUAUAUUCAUGAAAUUUUGUAGUUCAAAUUUCUCUUACAAAGUAUUCCUCAUUUAAUCAAAAAUCUCUUUAGUCGGUUAUUUGUUAAUAGUGUAUUUACUUGUAUGUUUAUGUCCAGUUAAGUGUUGAUACUGUGCCGACCAUCCUCCGAUCAUUGUUGUAGAUAUGAACAUGCUCAACAUAAUUUGUAAUAAAAUUAUAAUCAUGA